UGAGCUCUCAGAGCGUCCUGCUUCUCCGACGGGGACGGGACGCCAUCUUGUUUGUUUUAGUGGAAGAGGAGGCGGAGGGGUACCGGGGAAAAAAAUAAUCCCCAAUCAACGGCAGCGACGGCACGGCCGGCAAAAGCAGAAACGCGCCAGACGGCUAACCGGCCUGACGCAUCCCCCACUUCCCCUUUCCCUUGUGGUGAGAAGGCAUCGAGACGAUGUUUUACGCCCACUUUGUCCUCAGCAAACGUGGGCCGCUGGCUAAAAUCUGGCUGGCGGCCCACUGGGACAAGAAGCUGACCAAGGCACAUGUUUUUGAGUGCAAUCUGGAGAGCAGCGUGGAGAGCAUCAUCUCACCCAAGGUAAAGAUGGCUUUACGGACUUCAGGGCAUCUGCUGCUGGGGGUGGUGCGAAUCUACCACAGGAAGGCCAAAUACCUGCUGGCAGACUGUAAUGAGGCCUUUAUCAAGAUCAAGAUGGCAUUUAGACCAGGUGUGGUGGAUCUUCCAGAGGAGAACAGAGAAGCAGCAUACAACGCUAUCACUCUGCCCGAGGAGUUUCACGAUUUUGACCAGCCACUGCCAGACUUAGAUGACAUUGAUGUGGCUCAGCAGUUCAACUUGAACCAGAGCAGGGUGGAGGAGAUCACCAUGAGAGAGGAGGUGGGCAACCUCAACCUGCUGCAGGACAAUGAUUUCGCUGACUUUGGGAUGGAUGACCGGGAAAUGAUGCGAGAGGAGAGCGCGUUUGAGGUGGACAUUAUGGGAGCAUCUGCUUCGAACUUGCUGCUGGAGGCUGAGGGUGGUGCUAAUCAGAUGGCUGACAAGUCCAACCAUUUGGAAUAUGAUGACCAGUACAAGGAUGACUUUGGAGACAACCCCAUGGAGAGCAAUGAGGGAGGCAUGCUGGUGGACAAGCUGCUGAGUAACGAGGAUGGAGGCGGCAUCUUUGACGACCCUCCUGCCAUCACAGAGAGUGUGAUGAUGCCUCAGGAACACGGAGAUGAUGAUGAUGACUUUGAUGCUCUCUCAGCGGGAGCCCCAGAUAGUCCGGACUCAGGCCCAACAGAGCCCCUACCAGCUAUGACUGACCAGGCAGAGCAAACUACUCUGGUCCACAACGAGGAAGAAACCUUUGCCCUGGAGCCCAUCGACAUCACAGUGAAGGAGACCAAGGCAAAGCGUAAGAGGAAGCUGAUUGUAGACAGCGUGAAGGAGUUGGAUAGUAAAACUAUUCGUGCACAGCUUUCUGAUUACUCCGACAUUGUCACAACCCUGGAUCUGGCUCCGCCCACAAAGAAACUGAUGAUGUGGAAGGAGACAGGAGGAGUCGAGAAGCUUUUCUCCCUUCCAGCUCAACCUCUAUGGAACGCCAGACUGCUCAAGAUGUUUACAAGAUGCCUGACACCAUUAGUCCCAGACGAACUGAGGAAGAGGAGGAAAGGUGGAGAAGCCGACAGUCUGGAUGAGUUUCUCAAAGAUCUAGAGAACCCCGAAGUGCCAAGAGAGGAAACAACAGGCCACCAACAGAGAGACAUCAUGGACCAGACCAUCAUGGAAGAGGCCAGCGUGCUGCAGACUUCAGCUGUAGAGGGGAGCAGGACAACCCUGGAUGAGUCGGUCAUGCCACCUCCAUCCUCCCAACGAGGCCUGAAACGCAAGGCCCAGGACACAGAGCCAGCCCUCCCUAUGGGGGCCUUGGACCAACAGCAGCAGCAGCAGCAACAGCAACAACAGGGGUCCAGACCAUCUAAUGCACCCCAACAGCUCGAGGCAUCCACUGUGGAGGUACCCCCAGAGGAAACAACCACCACCAACAUCAGCCAGCUGAUAGAACUGGACCUGCUCACCGACAAGGACAAGAAGAAGAAUGAUGAUGACUCUGAUGAAGAGGAGGAGGAGGCGCAGGGAGGAGACCAGGACCAGGAGGAGAGGAGGUGGAACAAAAGAACCCAGCAGAUGCUUCAUGGUCUCCAGAGGGUGAUGGCUAAAACGGGUGCCCAGUCGGUCAGCCUGCUGGAUCUAUGCAGGAACAACAACAGGAAGCAGGCAGCCGCCAAGUUCUACAGCUUUCUGGUCUUGAAGAAGCAGCAGGCAGUGGAGCUCGUCCAGGAGGAGCCUUACAGUGACAUCAUCGCUACGCCGGGGCCUCGCUUCCACAUCGUCUAAAAAAACCCCCAUUCAUUUUAAUCUUAAAAAAAAAAAAAAAACUGCUCCGAGGUCAGUACUUUUAGUCAGCAGCACUAUCUGUUAGUUUAGCACAAGUUUUAUUUAAGUAUGCUGAGAUUGUUUUGUUUGUGAAAUGGUUUCAUUUUUGCAUCAUUUAAAUGUGAAGCAGUGGUGGUUCAGUGGAAGUGGGUCUGACUAACGUAGUUGGAACUCAAACAAUGAACAUAUUUAUUAUUUACUCACUUUAUAUCCCAAUCAGUAUAAAGGAUCACCUGCAUCUCAUUGUUUGUGGCUGCUGGCGUCUCACCAAAGUGAAGGAGUCCAGUGUAAUGAUUUGUUUACAGUCAGUCAAACAUGUUACUUCUAUUUUUCUCACUACUGCAGGUGAAGGUUUCCUUCUGAAGUCUCUCACCAUCAUAUUAGACAGAAGGAGCAUGCACUGUUUCCAAGAGUACAUUUAAACAGUUAUUAUAGUAGUUCUCUACAGACUCAACCAGCAGCUAAUCAUUAUACAGCUGUAGAGUAGCACUUUAAGUAUUACAGACUCUAAGUUGUUGUUGCUGUUGCUGUCAGUAAAAAAAAAAUUAAAAAAAUAGACACGACCCAAAUCCACACAACAUACUAAUUUCUAAGCAGGAUUUGAGGAUUGUGUAAACUUAAAAAUAGUGAUGGCUACCAGCCUCCUGACACAAAUCCUAU